AUGAUCACCUUCUGUCCAGAGUGUGGCAAAAGUAUCGAAUCAACAUUCAAAUUCUGCCCCUACUGUGGAAAAUGCUUACCUACAGAGGAGCACAGUGCAUCUCCAACCUUUGUCAAGCCUCUGGUGUCAUCCUUCCGAGGCUCAAAGAGAGAACUGAAACCCAGUUCUGAAAUCUCUUGCAAGAAAGUGAAAUGGUCCAGCUCUGUCACCUCUUCCCCAUCAUCUCUCCUCUCAGAUGGUGACAAUUCUGAGUCCGAAGACCUCUUGAGUCCACCUGAGAGGCACAAAGGAUCCUGGAACAAACCCUCAGCCCCCAAAGGCAGCCCGCAGAUGACCCGGCAAAGCCCCCAGACCCUGAAGCGGAGCCGGGUGACCACCUCACUCGAGGCCCUGCCCACAGGGACAGUGCUGAUGGACAAGAGUGGGCAGCGCUGGAAGCUGGGGUCCCUCCAGAGCAGAGACGACCAGGGCAUUCUCUAUGAAGCUGAGCUCGUCUCUGUCCCUGCCUCGGCCUUCACCUGCCAGUCGAGUCCCCAGAAACAAAGAUUCUCACUCAAACUAGACGCCAAGGAUGGGCGCUUGUUCAACGAGCAGAGCUUUUUCCAGCGAGCCGCCAAGCCUCUGCAAGUGAACAAGUGGAAGAAGCUGUACUCCACCCCCCUCCUGGCCGUCCCCACCUGCUUCGGCUUUGGCGUCCACCAGGACAAGUACAGGUUCAUGGUGCUCCCCAUGCUGGGGAGGAGCCUCCAGUCGGCCCUGGACAACCACCCAAAGCACAUCAUGCCAGAGAGGUCCGUGUUCCAGGUGGCCUGCCGGCUGCUGGAUGCCCUGGAGUACCUCCAUGAGAAUGAGUACGUCCAUGGAAACGUGACAGCUGAGAACGUCUUUGUGAACCCAGAAGACCAGACCCAGGUGACCCUGGUGGGCUAUGGCUUCACCUUCCGCUACUCUCCAGGCGGCAAGCACGUGGCCUACGUGGAAGGCAGCAGGAGCCCACACGAGGGGGACCUUGAGUUCAUUAGCAUGGACCUCCACAAGGGAUGCGGGCCCUCCCGCCGCAGCGACCUCCAGACCUUGGGCUACUGCAUGCUCAAGUGGCUCUACGGGUGCCUGCCGUGGACAAACUGCCUCCCCAACACUGACAACAUCAUGAAGCUGAAGGAGAAGUUCCUGGACGACCCGGAGACCCUGGUGGAGAAGUACAGCAGGUGGAGCAGGCCCUCCAAGACCCUACAGGAGUACCUGAAGGUGGUGAUGGCCCUCAAGUACGAUGAGAAGCCACCCUACACCAUGCUGCGGAACAGUCUGGAAGCCCUGCUGCAGGACCUGCGGGUGUCAGCCUACGACCCUGUGGAUCUGCCCGUGGGGCCAUAG